AUGUAUUGAUGCAUUCAUUGAGUAAUAUAUUUUGACAUUUUACUCAACUACUAAUCCAAAGAAACUAACAAUUGCCAAGUGGUUUCUUAUAGCUCUCUAUUUACAUGGUAAUUUAAAUAUUUUAUAAUUUAUAUUGUUACACAUUAAUUUCCCAUUUAAUGAUCACAUUAGGAAAGACUGUGGAUGACGCACAUUUCGAGAAACCUCCCACUGACUGUUUAAAAGUUUAUCAGUCCACUUGUGUCCAUCUACAAGGUGAGAAACGGCCAUCAGCUUAUUGGUAAGACUAACAUAUAUAAGCCUAUUUUUCUUAGGUUGAUCAAAUCUAAACCAGUGUUACAUUUAUUAUUUUAUGCCAGACAUACAAGAGAAAUGAAGAAACUUUGUGCUGUUUGCAUCCUGGUGAUUUUUACUCAUGAUCUUGCUCGUGUAUCGUACACUGUAAUGGCGUUGAAGUGUAACCUGUGUAUUUCCAAAGGGACCAGCCUCCAAUGUACUCCAUCAGUGCAGACGUGUUUUGGAAGCUUCGAUGUCUGCACACACAUCCAACUUAGGCCUCAAAUACUGGGUUCCGCCUCCAUCCGUUCCUGUAUGACUAGAUCGUUCUGCUUGAUCUAUACGUUGAAUGAAGAUGUCAAUGCUACAUGCUGCAACACUGACCUCUGCAACUGAGCAACACAUCCUGUCAUCAUAUAAUCAGAAAUAUUUAUCAACUCAGUCCUGCCUUUCUGUAGGUUUUGCAAGCGGUGAAAUGCUAUUAAAUUAAGUGUAGCAAAUAGUUAAUCACUGCAACAGAAAAACCUAACAAACAAUGAGGCCUUCACACACACAUACACAAACUGUAUUUCAUAACAUUUUAAAAAGGUGGUACUCGAAUGGCAGUUAUAUUGUGAAAAUGUGUUAAAUAAAUUAGUAAAUUACAAGUUUUUUUUC